UGGCUAAAGUAUGAAAGAUAGCUCAAAUGAUUUUAUACAGUAAUUUCAGUCAAUACAGCCAGAAAAGUAACUCUAAGCUUACGUUUUCUUAUUAUUACACAAUUCAAUGCGCGAAAUCAAAAGUUACAUGUUUGGUAAAUAAAUUGGCUGAUAAACCUACUAAACCUAAUUAACGGGCUCUUAUUAAUUAGAGAUACAUUAGAGUAGGGACCCCGUGAUCCUGAUUUUCUGGGUGCGCCACUGGUUGGAUGCACCACUAUCAACAAUUCUGCAGAGGGAUGACAGCCUGGAAUCUUUUCAGAAGUAGAGGGUUUGAAGAGUUUAACAAGGAGGGUCUGCCACCGUUUCGUAUUCAAAGAUGUCAUGUCACGAGCAAUAGAAGGAUCCGGUGCAGAAGUAGAACCAUUGCACGUACUGAUUGCCGCAAUUUGAGGACUAGAAUUGUGGCAACGUUCCAACCAGCUGUCGAGAUAACCAAUGAGCUGAAAGCACGAAACAACGUUGUGACUGGGGUGAUUACAGUGAGAACAGGUAGGUCUGGAUUCAUGACCAUCGCGAACUGGAGCAGAACGGCCCCCUAGAAUCUGUUAUGAAUUCCCCCUAUCUCACAAGUUUAAUUUUUCAUGUACGAUUGAUAGAAUGAUGUUAAUGAUAUUUAAUGAGUUUUUAUGAAAAUAAUGUUAAAUAAAAAAAUAUCCCAAAGUACUGCCCUGUCGACCCUAGUUAACGUAAACUGCCGUUUCAGUUGGGGACUCUUUCAUUAAACAAAAACUCUUGGUGUACACCCUGGGUUACACCCUGGGGUACACCACAUAAAUACCCCUCCCAAUUCUUUUACCCUUCCAUUUGCCCAUCAAAUUGACCUCAGCCCACCAAAUUCCUCCGCCUCAUCUCAACUCUACAAACCCCCCAAAAGUCUUCUUCUUCACUCUUCACGAUUCACGCUUCCCCACAACCGGCAAUCCACCUUCUUACAUUCGGAAUUGUAAAUGGUGGCCUAUUUACGCAACUUGUUCAUCGUCGAAGAUGGAGCACUAGAGGUGACGAAGUAUGGUGAAGACGAUGGUCGUGGACGACAAUUGAAGCUCAAGAAGAAGGUUGAAGUUAAAGAUCAAGGGUCUGACACUCUGACCUGCGGCCAUGGUGCGAACAAGCCUCUUCGUCAUGGCCGACUAAAUUUGAUUGUUCCUAUCUUCAAUGGGUUGAGGAAAAUCCUUCUAUGUCUCUUGAAGUGAAGACAAAUGAUAAGGAUAAUUUGAUUCAGCCUCUUUUGAUGGACAAAAAAGAUUUAGAAGAGAAGAUUGUGAAGCUGGAAAAGAAGAAAGAAAAGAUGGGAGCUAAAGUGAAAGAAUUGCAUAUUUUGGCCUCCAAGCACGCAAAGCUAAGGGAGAGAAGCUUGCAUUUGUCUGGCUGAUUGUUUCAUGGAUUUUAUUUAGUAAUAUAUUGCAUCACAAGUGAAAUGUAUUGCUCUAUAAAUCUAUAUGUUGGUGGUUGGAUGUAAAACAAUCUUUGUUUCAGGACUUCAAUUGUCUUUUUAGAAUUGAUUGGUUACUGCAAUGGAUUGAUGUAAUGACUUGAAUGGUUAUUAAAUUGAAUGGUUAUUGCAUUGAAUUGAUUAUUCUUAGUAGGC